AUGGGCAGCAGCAGUGGGCAGACUGGCACCCACACCUAUCAGUCCCUAGCUGAGGAUGGGCCCUUUGGCUUUGUAGAGCCUCCUAAGAGACCCACAGGCAGACUCAUCAUGCACAGCAUGGCUAUGUUCGGCCGGGAGUUUUGCUAUGCGGUGGAGGCGGCUUAUGUGACCCCAGUCCUGCUCAGUGUGGGUCUGCCCAAGAGUCUGUACAGUACCGUCUGGCUCCUCAGCCCCAUCCUCGGAUUCCUGCUGCAGCCAGUGGUCGGAUCAGCAAGUGACCACUGCCGGUCCAGCUGGGGCCGCCGGAGACCCUACAUCCUGGCCCUGAGCAUCAUGAUGCUGUUAGGCAUGGCCCUGUACCUCAACGGGGAUGCUGUCAUAUCAGCUUUGGUUGCUAACCCAAGAAGGAAGCUGGUUUGGGCCAUAACCAUCACCAUGAUAGGUGUGGUUCUCUUUGAUUUUGCUGCUGACUUCAUUGAUGGGCCCAUCAAAGCCUACUUGUUUGAUGUCUGCUCCCAUCAGGACAAAGAGAGGGGCCUCCACUACCAUGCCUUCUUCACAGGUUUUGGAGGUGCCCUGGGUUACCUUUUGGGUGCCAUGGACUGGGCCCAUCUGGAACUGGGAAGAAUGCUGGGCACAGAAUUCCAGGUCAUGUUCUUCUUCUCCGCCUUGGUGCUCACUUUGUGUUUUGUUAUUCACCUGUGCAGUGUCUCUGAAACCCCACUUAGAGAUGUUGCGGAGGCCAUGCCUCCUCAGCCAGCCCCACGGGGACCUCCAUUGCCAUCAGAGGCACUGUAUGAUUAUGGCUCCAUCGAGAAAGUUAAAAAUGGCUAUGGAAACCCGGAGCUGGCAGUACAGGGAGGAAAAAACAAAAAUCCCGCUCCACAGACUCGGAGGACGAUGACCAUGAAGUCGCUUUUGAGGGCAUUGGUGAGCAUGCCUGCCCACUAUCGCUGUCUUUGUAUCAGCCACCUCAUUGGAUGGACAGCUUUUCUGUCCAACAUGCUCUUCUUCACAGAUUUCAUGGGCCAGAUUGUGUUCCAAGGGGACCCCUACAGCCCGCACAACUCCACAGAGUUUCUCAUCUAUGAAAGAGGGGUUGAGGUUGGAUGUUGGGGCUUGUGCAUCAACUCCGUGUCUUCAUCACUUUAUUCUUACUUUCAGAAGUCUUUGGUAUCCUACAUCGGAUUAAAGGGUCUUUACUUCCUGGGGUAUUUUCUGUUUGGCCUGGGGACAGGAUUUAUUGGGCUCUUCCCGAACGUCUACUCCACCCUGGUCCUGUGUGCCUUGUUUGGAGUAAUGUCCAGCACUCUAUACACCGUGCCCUUUAACCUCAUUGCCGAGUACCACCGUGAGGAGGAGGAGAGGCACCAACUGGCCCCAGGAGGGGACCUGGAGAGCAGCGGGCGAGGGAAGGGCGUGGACUGUGCUGCCCUCACUUGCAUGGUGCAGCUGGCUCAGAUCCUGGUCGGAGGUGGCCUGGGCUUCCUGGUCAACACAGCCGGGAGCGUCAUCGUCGUGGUGAUCACAGCCUCUUCAGUGGCAUUGAUCGGCUGCUGCUUCGUGGCUCUCUUUGUUAGAUACGUGAAUUAGGUCAAUAAAGAGAC